GAAGGGGUUCUUUUUUAACAAGCCCAUCAGUGGAGAUUUAAUCAGCUCUCAAGAUGCCUGCUGAUUAUAACGGCUACUGGAAAAUGAUCUCCAAUGAAAACUUUGAAGAGUAUCUGAAAGCUUUGGAUGUAAAUGUGGCUGUUAGAACCACUCUGCUAAAACCUGAUAAAGACAUCAUUCAGGAUGGAGAUCACUUCAUCAUCAAGACUAUCAGCACAUUUAAGAAUUACAACAUGGACUUUGUGGUUGGUCAAGAGUUUGAAGAUCUAAGGCUGCUGGACGACCGCAGAUGUAUGACCACUAUCACACGGGAGGGAGAUAAACUGGUGUGUGUGCAGAAAGGAGAGAUCGAGGGGAGAGGCUGGACCCACUGGAUUGAUGGAGAUGAACUUCACUUGGAGCUGAGAGCUGCUGGUGUAGUGAGUAAACAAGUCUUCAAAAAGUCAUAAGCUGUACAAGCAGCGUAAAGUAACAUCCCCGACUGAACUUUUCCAAGAGAUGCAGUGAAAACCAUUUGAAACACAAAUCUAUCCACUUAUCUUUCAUCACGGCUGCCAACAGCAUGGCAAUGACUGUGAAAAACAACCCUUUCUCACUCCCGACUCGUCACAUAUUUAAGCUCGGUCAGCCCCCCUCGACGUCACUUUUGAACAUGCAGGGUACCCCUUUGACGUCGUUUUUCGACGAACAGGGAACUGCGUUGCUGUUUGCUAAAUGCUCCAGACCGAGAUGUGUGCAAUUCUUAGCAUUUCAUAAUUAUUUAUGGUUUUAAUAUUUUGUAGCACCUAACCUCACCCUAAACCUAAACCUAACCACUUCUCAGCCAUUUAAAAGACAACACGCAAAUAAAAGUACAGUCACAACAGGUAUUUAUUGCACAAACUGACCAAAAGCAUUACAUAAUAUAACAAACAACUAGUUUUGAAGACCUUUUUGUACCAAAGCCGUACGAUAACUUUACAUGAAGAUACCGUGCGUGUCCGUGAAUACAUGAAGUCGGCUCCCACUCGAAAGAUAAACCAGAACAGCUAGAUGCAGUCAGUGUUGCCAGACAGAGUUGAAGGUUUCCAUCCCAAAAACGGUCCAAAACCCGCCCAA